CGCUUAGUAGCGGGAUUUCCUGUACUAUAUCUAUUUCUGUAUUAUUUCCUGUACUAGUUAUUGCGCCUACAUAAAAACUUGAUAAGUAUGGCACAACUGUUAAAGAAUUUAUUAAGUAAAUUUGCUAACGGUGUUCCCUCUGGCUCAGCAUCAGGUAUUACAUUUUUGGCUGGGUUAGGUUUAGUUGGAUACGGUAUAAAAGAGUCAAUAUACACUGUCGAUGGCGGACACCGAGCAAUCAUAUUUAGUAGAAUAAGUGGUGUUCAACCUGAAGUUUAUGCAGAAGGAAUACAUCUAAGAAUACCAUGGUUUCAGUACCCUAUAAUAUAUGACAUAAGAGCGCAACCUCGUGUAAUAGCCUCUCCUACAGGCAGCAAAGAUUUGCAAAUGGUGAAUAUUAGUUUGCGUGUUUUGUCUCGCCCAAUUGCAUCUGCUUUACCAUCAAUUUAUCAAAGACUAGGUUUGGAUUAUAAUGAGCGUGUACUACCAUCAAUUUGUAAUGAAGUUUUAAAGAGUGUUGUUGCUCAGUUUAAUGCAUCACAGUUGAUCACGAUGCGUCAAGAAGUCAGUUUGAUGGUUCGUCGUGAGCUUGUUGAUAGAGCAAAAGAUUUUAACAUAAUUCUUGAUGACGUUUCAAUUACAGAUUUAACUUUUAGUCCACAAUACACUGCUGCUGUUGAAUCUAAACAAGUUGCUCAACAGGAAGCUCAGCGUGCUGCAUUUCUUGUUGAGCGAGCUAUCCAAGAGCGCCAGCAAAAAAUUGUUGCAUCUGAAGGUGAAGCUAAAGCAGCAAUGUUAUUGGGUGAUGCAAUCAAAGAAAAUCCAGGAUAUUUAAAAUUACGAAGAAUAUCUGCUGCUCAAAAUAUAGCCAGAGUCAUAGCACAAUCACAGAAUAAGGUUUAUCUUAAUGCUAACAACUUGCUGCUAAACAUCAAAGACACUGAUCAAAUUGAUGUGGGAUUAAAAUAAUUAAAAGAACAAAAUCAAUAUAGAUAAAUUGACAAGUGAAAUUUUUUUAUGAUGGAUUAAGUGGUUUUUUAAAGUAAUUUAAUCUUUUAACCAUGUUUUUUGAUACUUAGCUAUAGAUUUUUUAAAAAAAGGGUUGUUUUAAAUUUGUAUUGUUUUAAAACAAGAAAGGAAUUGUUAAACUUUGUAGCAAAACUAUAAUAAACUAAAAAAAACCCACGAAAUGAAGAAUUAAAAAGCAAAUUAUUUUACACAUUGUAUAUCUGUUUUCUGUCAUGAUUGUCAUAAAUAAAUAAUAUACUUGUCUAAAAUGGAAUUUGUCAUAUUUAUGUUAUUGUGUUUAAAUAGCGUGUACUUUAUUAAUUUCUAUAGUUAAGUGGAAAAAAUCAAAUGCUUUAAAGCAUACAAUCCAUUAACUAAAACUUAUAAGAUGUCUCAUAAAAUCCUAUAUAAAAAAAAUGCAAAUCUUUUAAAUAAAACGACUUUGGUUGUUUCCAAGUGGAGACUUCUUACCCAAUGACCCUGGUAAUUAGUAAAGAUGUUUUUUUUAUAUUAAUUGACGUCAGAACUCAUUUCACUGUUGUUUUAUUUUUUUUUAUAAUAGUUUUUGUAUUUUUAAAAUACUUGAUUUAAAUAUAUGGCUGAUGAGUGCUGGAAAUUAGCAUGAAACUUCAAGUACCAUUAAAAAGUUUUUUUUUCAUCUAUAUAUAUAAAGUAAUUGCGGAGACUUUAGUAUAUACAUCAACUGAUUAUCUAGGUAGAAUAGAGCCGCUACAUCCACUAAAGGUUUAGGUUAUGGCAGCAAAAAAAUAUUUUCUGUUUUUUCUUUUUUUUUCUAAAAAUUUGAAGUGCACACUGCAUAUGCAUUUUCUGUAAUGGUUGUCUUAAAUAUACUUGUCUAAUAAAAAAUUUGUAAUAACUAUGAUAUUGUUUUUUGAUGGUAUGGACUUUAUUUAGAUUAUAAGAAAUUUGGAUUA